UCCAGUUUUUCCGCAAGCGCCGUGAGUCCAAAAUUGGAGAAGCAGUAAGAAAGGAACGACCUUUGAAAUCGUGCAAUUCACAGCAUUGUAGCCGACCACCAGAAAGUAAAGAUGCCUUUGGGUGACGAUGGACAUUCCUGGAAGAAGAAAACGUCAGAUGUGAAGGAGAACUUUGACUUCAAGGAGAUCCUGGGGACGGGGGCUUUCUCUGAGGUGGUCCUAGCGGAAGAGAAGAGGACCCAGAAACUGGUGGCCAUCAAAUGCAUCCCUAAGAAAGCCCUGGAGGGAAAAGAGAACAGCAUAGAAAAUGAGAUCGCUGUCCUGCACAAGUUAAAACAUGCCAACAUUGUCUCCCUGGAGGACAUCUUUGAGAGUCAAUCCCACCUCUACCUGGUUAUGCAGCUGGUGUCUGGUGGGGAGCUGUUUGACAGGAUCGUGGAGAAGGGCUUUUACACAGAGAAAGAUGCUAGCAAGCUCAUCCAGCAGAUCCUGGACGCUGUCAAAUACCUCCAUGACAUGGGCAUCGUACACCGCGACCUGAAGCCGGAGAACCUUCUGUACUACAGUAUGGAGGAGGACUCUAAGAUCAUGAUCAGUGACUUUGGCCUGUCAAAGAUCGAGGGAUCUGGAAGUGUCAUGUCCACAGCCUGCGGAACACCAGGAUACGUGGCCCCUGAAGUGUUGGCCCAGAAACCCUACAGCAAGGCGGUGGACUGUUGGUCAAUCGGUGUCAUCGCCUACAUCCUGUUGUGUGGAUACCCUCCGUUCUAUGACGAGAACGACGCCAAGCUCUUUGAGCAGAUUCUGAAGGCAGAAUAUGAGUUUGACUCUCCCUACUGGGACGAUAUCUCUGACUCAGCCAAAGACUUCAUAGUCCACUUGAUGGAGAAGGACCCCAGGAUACGCUACACAUGUGACCAGGCUCUGCAGCACCCUUGGAUCGCUGGUGACACAGCUCUAGAUAAGAACAUCCAUGAGUCUGUCAGUGCUCAGAUCAGGAAGAACUUUGCCAAGAGCAAGUGGAGGCAAGCGUUUAAUGCCACGGCGGUGGUGCGUCACAUGAGGCGUCUGCAGCUGGGCACCAGUCAGGAGGCCCCCAGCCAGACCACCCUGCCCAGCCCCCUCAGAGCCCACCUGCUGUUGCCCGAGGCCACAGAAACAGAGCACACCACCGAGUCUCCGUGUGAGGGGGGCUGCUGCCAGAGUGCUGAUGGGGGGGCGGAGCGCGACCACCUCUCCAACUGCACAUACCGCUGCCAUCCAACCAGCCGGGUCUGAUCCCUGCUCACCCGGGCCACGCGGGGCCAACCAAUGACUUUCACAUUUACCUCUGGAGACCAGAGAACUCCCUAGUCUGGCCAGGAAUACAGAGUUGUUCCAGCAACCCGCCACCAGGAGGGGCAGGCGGGUUAUGAAUCCAGGGUGGGGAGGAGGGAGGAGGGACUCGAUGCCAACAGAGGAGGUAACUUGAAUGGAUUGGGUGAGAGCGGAGGAUGAGAUGAGAGAGGAGAGGAAAGGAAAGGAGGAGGACGUUGAGAAAGAGAGGUGUGGUGCCCAGAAUAAUCCUGGGUCAUAUAUUUUGGUAGCGGGACAGAGCUUGGACAGCGUUUUACUCAUCCUUUUAAAAUGUGCAUCUGCUUUUUAUAUCUCUGCAUUUAUGUGCAUGGUGUUUUUUUUUAAUCAUCAUUAUCUUUCCCCUUUGACAGAAUCCACUAAUGAUAUCUGCAUGAUGAGGUGACAGUUCCCCCUGCAUGUUGGCAGCAGGUGUUUUAUAGCGUGAAGAGUGUAUUGCAAAAUCGUGUAUGUAUGGUGGUAAUCAUUAUGGUAUAGUUCCUGUACUGCAGAUACACAUCUUUAUGACCUUAAUGAGUUUAGUCCUUCAGCAUUACAUUUGUAUGGCUUUGUUGUAUGUUAAAAUUAUUUUUUUAAUAUAAAUGUAGCCCAAGAAGCAUUCACCUAAUACCACAUCUGGAGAAUCAAUGUGAGAAUACUCCAUCCAUUGGGCUAGUAUACGGUAGACCCAGUUUGUGGUUGUGCCCCCCAGGCUUGUAACAGAAUAAGGCUUUCUGAUUUUAACUAAUUCAGCACAGGGACUUCUUCUAUGGUGCCUUUAGAACAGUAUCAAAGGUUUAUUUUCUGGUAGCUUUUAGAAAUCUAAAGAUACAUCUCUAUAUCUCUGUACAGUUAAAGGAGCAUUAGAGGCUAUUUCAUUUCUAUCAUUGUAUUUUUAUAUAUAUUUCAAUGUGGCAAUUCAGUCGUUAAAAUACAGACUUUUACCUCAGUCAAGAUCUGUCCAGAUCUCUUUCCCAGUUGAGAAGUGUAAUACCCGGGAGAUAGACUUACAUACACAGCUAUUCCUCUUAGUACUAGUUAGUACUUAGUUUUUCCAAGCCAUUGUAUCUGUACAGAGAGAACUUGAGUUAAAGAAUGUAAAUAUACAUCUCAUUGUCUCACCUCAUAAUUUAUUCUCUCUCACUCAUCAUAAUUAAGCAAUAAGGCACGAGGGGGUGUGUUAUAUGGCCAAUAUACCACGGCUAAGGGCUGUUCUUAUGCACG